UCCACACCACACCACGGCCAUGCACGAGCACGCCAUUAUAAAAUGCAUCGCCCACGGCCCGGCCGGAGGCACGUCCACGGGCAACAGUAGCCUACAACGUCUCUUGACCUAGCUCCUUCCUGCCAAGGUAGCUAGCUACAGUGCGAGCAUGGGUGGCGCCGGGGACGCGCCGGGCCGGCUGGAGAGCAUCCUCACGGACACGUCGGCGACGCUAGCGGAGCGCGCGUGGGCGGUCGAGCUGCGGCUGCUGUCGCGGCUGGCGGCGCCGGCGGUGGUGGUGUACAUGAUCAGCUACGUCAUCUCCAUGUCCAGGCAGAUCUUCUCCGGCCACCUUGGGAACCUGGAGCUCGCCGCCGCCUCGCUCGGCAACACCGGCGUCCAGACCUUCGCCUAUGGCGUCAUGGUACCUACGCUACGCACGCUCCCCUGCAUCUCAUCUCUAAAUCAUUCCCGUGUGUACCUUUUCUUGAUGACAUGCCCCACUUUCGCUUUUGAUCGAUCGAGUAGAUCGAAAUGUGUAAUCAGUCAACCCUCGACAAGCACUGUAGUAUUCGUGUGAAUCGUGUCAAUCAUAAAAGUAAACUUGGCAAGCACUAGAGUGUUUGUGUUUCUCUGCCUGCUUGGCAUACUUCUGUUCAAGCACACCCUCCAUCGAUCUAGCAUAACCCACAGCUUAGACAAAGCGUGACAAAUAUCUUAGAUUGUGACGUGUGCAGGGGUGGAUUAGUGACCUGCUCCGGUUCUACGUAAUAUUUCACGUCAAGCUCGCCUGUCAUGUGUUCGAUUUGUUUAUGAAGAUAAGAGAUCGAUGGAUUGCAAAACGACACACGGACGUCAGACAUUUUUUUUA